ACUUGUACAAAUUUGAAAGUGAUACUAUUCGAUUACAGUGGUAGGGCAUAGAACCACUUCCUAAAUUUGCAAUGAUGGGAAAAACCAUAGAUAAAAGUGUUUGGAAACCACAAGUCCACAAACCAGUUUUGCUUACUAAUCCUUCACGUUCAGAUUGCCGAGUAAAUUAAAAUUUUUAAGCAAUGGUGGUAGGUCAUUUAGUCAAAGUUACAUUGCCAAAUUAUCUUGCCGGAUUACCGAUACCUGAUACUUUCACGGGAUGGUUUAAAUUAGGAAUUAAAGAUUGGCUAUCUUUGAUACCGCCAACAGCCGCUGUAGCAGGCCUCACCUACGUAGGAUAUUUAGCAUUUUGCCCACACGGUCGACCCAAACCCGACGGUCGUGUCAAUCCAUGUGUUCGUAAAGAUAACCCCAAAGUAGUAGAUUCUUUCGAUGUAGAAGAUAUUACGGAAAAAGUAUGCUUUUGUCGAUGUUGGAGAAGCAAGAAUUGGCCGUAUUGUGAUGGUGCUCAUGGUAAACAUAAUAAGGAAACUGGAGAUAACGUUGGUCCUGUAGUAGUAAAUGUGAAGAAAGCUUAACAUUAUGCAUUUUCCUAAGUAAUGCAAUAAACGAAUGUUAAUAAAAUUUUAAUGUGUUAGUAGUGGUGAUUUGUUAGCAAUGAAAUAAAAUUUGUAUGGAUUAUUAAAUAGCUAAUAGAUUAUUUUUACACUUU